AUGUACGAAGGGAUUGACAACCUGAAAUCCCUUUACGACCGUGCCGGGAAGACUUUCUCCGGCGGUCCUUCUGCGGCACAGGAUGUGUCGCGUCGUACUGCUCGACCAGACCCAGUACGUCAACCAUCAAUUGGGAGCGGGGCUCCCAAGAAUCCCAGGACGGGGGAUAGCCGCGCCACCGGACGAGGUAACUCGUCCGACGUCCGUUCACGUCGCGGUGGUUCAACAGCUGCUCAACUAGAUAGCGCUGGCCACCGCGAGAGUCCUCUAAUGGAGGUGGAGGAGGAGGAAAGACGCUCUCCACACGAUCAUGUGGAUCGGUGUGUUCCCGAGAGCUUCUUUGAUCGCGUAACGCAAGGGUUACGCGACGAUCUCGAGCAUGAGCGGAAUAGGCGUCUCCAGAUGGUGGACACUGCCUCGAAGCAUCGAGCUGAGUUUGCCUUUGCUCAGCUUGAGAACGAGAGAUCUCUGACAUCUCUUCGUGACGAGCUAAGGGUAGCUCGUGGGAUUGUUGAUCGGUCUCGGGAUGAGAUAACUGCUAUUCAGACACCUUGUUGA